UUAAAUCUUUCUAGAAGUGACUAUUAUAUUUCUAAUAGACAAAGCAGCAAGAUGGAAAAAAAACAUAUUAAUGACGUCCAACCUUCGACGACGGAUGAACAUUUGAGAUUAUUGUUAGAGGAUAAAAAUAUAAUCGACCCAAAAUUUACCAGUGCGACACCCAAUGAUCUUCCAGAUUGGUAUGAUCAAGAGUUAUUUAAAAAAGCUCAAAACUAUUACAAACGAAACCUGUUGUCAAUGCUAUUAUCUAAUUUUGUUGGACUUCUUGCAAUAAUAGUAGUUCCAGAAACAUUAAGGGUAUUCCAACACAAAAAAAAAGACAGUAUGCCGUGUAUAACUUUCAGCAGAUAUGUCCAGACUUUACUACAUAUGUAUAAAUUACAUACAUGUGACCCAAAUGAUCCUAAUUCUGAUUGGUACAAGACAAUAAAUGUAAUUCGCCAAAAACAUAAGAUAAGUAGUAAGAAUGCAAUGAAUGCUCGCGUCGGAGGAAUUUAUCAACGAGAUGUGGCAAUCACACAAUUUGCUUUCAUAGGAUAUGUAUUGAUUGCUCCUACAUCCAUCGGUUUACGUAAUGAGCCAGAAGAGGAAGAAGCACUUAAUCAUCUUUGGCGUGUGAUUGGUCACAUGAUAGAAAUACCAAAUCGAUUAAAUCUAUGUCGCAAAACUGCAGCGGAAACUCGUGAAUUGUGUCAAAAAUUAGCUAAUGUUUUAGCAAAGUAUUUAAGUGAAGCUCCAUAUGAAUUCUAUCACAUAGUAUCAGCUAUAUUAGAUGGCUUGUGGUAUUUUGAUUUGACUUUAGAUAAGGAUGCCUUGUUAGCAUUUACUUAUCGGCUACAUGGUAUUAAAUAUAAAAAGUCGCUGGAUUGGUACAGUCAAAUAAACAUAAAAUAUCGUGACUUAAUAUUUUAUCUCUGUCUUAUACCCUAUAUCGGAACAAUAGUAAAAAUGUUUUUCAAUUAUCAAAUCUUGUUGGCACUUUGGCUUGUGAAGAAAUGGUCUCUUCUUGCGUGGUACUCACUCGGAAAAGAAAAUUGUCGAAUUAUUUUAUAUUCCAAAUACUAUUGUAAAUAAUCACAUUUUCAUAUAAGUACAGUAUUGGAUAUAAUUAAUCAUUUGCUCUUUUCCAAAAAGUUUUGCAUCAAUUAUGGCAUUCAAAACUUUUUAUGUUAUCAUUAGAAUUCUAUCAGAUUUUUUUAAAACAUUUCCUUUUUAUUAAAUUUUUAUUAAAUUUGCUAUAAUUAAAAGUUUUAUUUUAUUAGUUUGUGAAAAAGUGAAAGUUUUAAUCAAAUAUUUUUCUUCGGAGAUUCAAUUGAUUUCAAGAUAUAGCUUCCAAGAUGUAACUUUAAAUUAGUCAUAAAAAAUAUUUAUUA